AUCUUCCGUUUUGGUCAUUAUCCCAAGGGAAGCAUUAAAACCACAAACAACAACAUGGUGGUUCAGUCCAUUUGCUUCGCAAGAGCAAGCCUUUCUUCCCGUGCCACGGUUGCUGUUUGUUCUUCUCCGUCGGCUUGCUGCAUCGGCAAGCCAUAAACAUUCCCCGGGCUUGCUCUGUCUCCUCCAGCGAGAUGCUCGGUCGGAAAUCUCCCCUCCUUCCCCCCACCUGCUUGGUCCGGAUGGUACAGUCUGCAGAGGGACUCCUGUAAUGUAGCUCAGUUUAUCAAUCCCUUACAGAUGCCGAACAGUGAUUACUCCGGGGUGGUAAUUGAAAUAAUUUUGGAUUUGUGAUGAUAUCUUAGCCAAGUCUGAAGGAAAAGAUGACAAUGUAGAUGCCAACAGCCAGGGUGCAACAUAAUGGGAAACAGUGAAUGGACUGGAACUGGCCUGCAACCCUGAAGGCAGCCAUCCUGCAGAUUGCUACGUGGUCAGAGACACUUCAGCCAUUAGCUGUUUUUUCAGCUUUGAUUUCUGGAGGCAUAAAGUGGAUUCCUUUCACAGUCUAGGCUGGACCUUGUGUUUCCACCCUUUCAGAUUUUCAAAUUGUAUAUAAAGCUCAGAGCUGAGCAAUACCAUCGGCAGCAAUGGGUGACAUGACAAACAGCGAUUUUUAUUCAAAGAACCAAAGAAAUGAGGCUAACCAUGCAGGAGAGUUUGGGUGUACACUUGAAGAACUGCGUUCUCUCAUGGAACUUCGAGGAACAGAAGCAGUGGUAAAAAUUAAAGAGACCUAUGGAGACACAGAGGGCCUCUGCAGACACUUGAAGACAUCGCCAACAGAAGGAUUACCUGGCACUGCAGCUGACUUAGAUAAAAGAAAGCUAAUUUUUGGGAAAAACUUUAUACCUCCAAAGAAGCCAAAAACUUUCUUACAGUUAGUCUGGGAAGCAUUACAGGAUGUGACACUUAUCAUCUUGGAAAUCGCAGCCAUCAUAUCUCUUGGGCUCUCAUUUUAUCAUCCUCCGGGAGAGGGAAAUGAAGAUUGUGCUACUGCAUCAGGAGGAGUUGAAGAUGAGGGGGAGGCAGAAGCUGGCUGGAUUGAAGGCGCUGCCAUCCUGCUCUCUGUUAUUUGUGUGGUCCUGGUCACUGCCUUUAAUGACUGGAGCAAAGAGAAGCAAUUUCGUGGACUUCAGAGUCGAAUUGAACAAGAACAGAAGUUUACUGUGAUCCGGGAUUCACAAGUGAUUCAAAUCCCAGUAGCAGAAAUAGUAGUUGGCGACAUUGCACAGAUCAAAUAUGGUGACCUCUUACCUUCUGAUGGGGUAUUUAUUCAAGGAAAUGACCUUAAGAUUGAUGAAAGCUCUUUAACAGGAGAGUCAGAUCAAGUUCGCAAAUCUGUUGACAAAGAUCCAAUGUUGCUUUCUGGUACCCAUGUUAUGGAAGGCUCAGGAAGAAUGAUUGUUACUGCUGUGGGAGUUAAUUCUCAAACAGGGAUCAUCUUCACUCUACUAGGUGCUGGUGGAGAAGAGGAGGAGAAAAAGGAUAAGAAAGGUAUGAAAAGGGAGGAUGGACAUCAGCUUCCAGUAGAUUCUUCCCAUCCUUCCUUCCACCCUCCUUCAACUGCAGAUGGGGCAGCAGGUGCAAAUGCCACUGAUAAUGCAAAUGCCAGCUUAGUCAAUGGCAAAAUGCAGGAUGGAAAUAUGGAGAACAGCCAGAACAAAGCCAAACAACAGGAUGGUGCUGCUGCAAUGGAGAUGCAACCACUGAAGAGUGCGGAAGGGGGAGAAGGAGAUGACAAAGAGAAGAGGAAAGCUAACAUGCACAAGAAAGAGAAAUCUGUCCUCCAGGGGAAGCUAACAAAAUUGGCUGUCCAGAUAGGCAAAGCAGGUUUGGUAAUGUCUGCCAUCACGGUUAUCAUUUUAGUACUCUACUUUUGUAUUGAAACCUUUGUGAUCAACAAGAAGCCAUGGCUACCUGAAUGCACUCCAGUUUAUGUUCAGUAUUUUGUGAAGUUCUUCAUUAUUGGUGUGACUGUGCUUGUAGUUGCUGUACCAGAAGGACUUCCUCUGGCUGUCACAAUUUCCCUUGCUUACUCUGUAAAGAAAAUGAUGAAGGACAACAAUUUGGUCCGUCAUUUAGAUGCGUGUGAGACUAUGGGUAAUGCUACAGCCAUCUGCUCUGAUAAAACAGGAACAUUAACUACUAACCGAAUGACCGUAGUACAAGCCCAUGUUGCAGAUGUCCACUACAAAGAAAUCCCUGACCCAGAUUCCAUUCCAGCCAAAACUUUGGAGUUGCUGGUUAAUGCCAUUGCCAUCAACAGUGCUUAUACUUCAAAGGUUCUGCCACCAGAAAAAGAAGGUGGUCUACCUCGUCAGGUUGGCAACAAGACAGAGUGUGGCUUAUUGGGGUUUGUCUUGGACCUAAAGCAGGAUUAUCAACCUAUUCGAAAUCAAAUCCCUGAAGAGAAGCUGUACAAAGUGUACACAUUUAAUUCUGUAAGAAAGUCAAUGAGCACUGUCAUUAAAUUGCCAGAUGGUAACUUCCGAAUGUACAGCAAAGGAGCUUCAGAAAUUGUCCUGAAGAAAUGUUCCAAGAUUCUUAAUGCAGCAGGUGAGCCUCGCAUCUUUAGACCCCGUGAUAGGGAUGAGAUGGUAAAGAAGGUGAUUGAACCCAUGGCCUGUGAUGGACUAAGAACCAUCUGUGUUGCAUUUCGGGACUUUUCCAACGACCCUGAGCCAGACUGGGACAAUGAAAAUGAUAUUUUAACUGACCUGACCGGCAUUUGUGUAGUUGGCAUCGAAGACCCUGUAAGACCUGAGGUGCCGGAAGCUAUAAGAAAGUGCCAGAGAGCUGGAAUUACAGUCCGUAUGGUCACUGGAGACAAUAUCAAUACAGCUCGUGCCAUUGCCAUAAAAUGUGGAAUCAUUCAUCCUGGAGAAGAUUUCCUCUGUAUUGAGGGAAAGGAAUUCAAUCGGAGGAUCCGAAAUGAGAAGGGAGAGAUUGAGCAGGAACGAAUUGACAAGAUCUGGCCAAAACUUCGUGUCCUUGCUCGUUCGUCUCCCACUGAUAAACACACUUUGGUAAAAGUAAUGAUAUAUUUUAUCUCUUUUUCUAUCCUUCUGCAGAUAGUAAUUGUGCAGUUUGGUGGGAAACCUUUUAGCUGUUCUCCUUUGCAACUUGACCAGUGGAUGUGGUGUGUAUUUAUUGGACUGGGUGAACUUGUGUGGGGGCAGGUCAUUGCAACUAUCCCAACAAGUAGGCUAAAGUUUUUAAAGGAAGCAGGAGGGCUCACAGAAAAGACAGAAGCACCUGAAGAGGAACUGAAUGAAGAUGUAGAAGAAAUUGAUCAUGCAGAGCGAGAACUUCGACGUGGACAAAUCCUCUGGUUCCGAGGGCUUAAUAGAAUCCAAACUCAGAUCCGCGUCGUGAAGGCAUUCCGUAGCUCUCUCUAUGAAGGUUUAGAAAAACCAGAAUCUAGAACAUCAAUUCACAACUUUAUGACUCAUCCUGAAUUUAGGAUAGAAGAUUCCCAGCCCCAUAUUCCUCUCAUCGAUGAUACGGAACUAGAAGACCCCGCGCUCAAGCAAAACCCAAGUCCGCCGUCAUCGCUGAACAAGAACAACAGUGCUAUUGACAGUGGAAUAAACCUUACAACUGACACAAGUAAAUCAGCUACCUCUUCUAGUCCAGGAAGCCCAAUCCAUAGCCUGGAGACAUCACUUUAGCUGAAAAUGUCACUGCAAAAAUAUUAAUAUAAAUAUUAAUAUAUACAUAGAAAAUAUGUACAAACAAUGCUGGCUGAGAAGCUGUUUGAACUCCUAUUUGCUUUGAAAAAGAGGAAAGAAAACUAAUCAUUGAUCACGGUGAUUUGGGAAAAAGAAUGAAUGGCUGAUUUACAUAUUCCUUUCUUGUGCCCCUGCAGAAAACAAAACAAAAUGGAAACAAUACCAAUGCCCUCCUGCAUGAAUGUACUGUCCACUUCCAGCUCUCCCUUCUUUUUAUUCCUUAAGCAGGAAAUGCAAAGGACUUCUUUGAGGCUAUUUAUCCAAUUCACUGGUCUGUGAGUUUUUUUAAAUGCUUGUGUGGCAUGGACUCAGUUGUAUAGAUUAAUUUAAAUAACUUUUUGAAGUUGCAAAGCUUAACUUGCACAGUAGAUUUGCACCAGUUGGACAGAGGAACCUAAUAAGCAUUUAUAAGACUAUAUAUAGAGAUAUAUACAUAUAAAUAUAUACAUGAUAUAUUAUAACUAUAUAUGUGUAUAUAUCCAUAUAUAUAGUUAUAUAUAUAUAUAGUUAUAUAUAUAUAGUUAUAUAUAUAGUUAUAUAUGUAUAUAUAAAGUUUCUUCGUUGGCAUGUUGCCUUUUUCUGCUCAAAUGGCUCUAUUUUAACUUAUUUAUGUUCUAAAAAUAAAGAAUGUAAUUUGUUUACAGACCUGUAGAUAAAUAUCCUUAACUAUUUGUAGGAUUAAAACAGCACUUCCUGCCGAGAUAAUAUACAAAUUGCUCAAUUCAAUGAAAAUUUCUGUAAUAUGGCACUCUGGAUGUUUUAUUACAACUGUGAUCUGAUUUUGCCUGUUCAUUUUUUAAAAUGUAGAUAAUGCUAGCAAAUAACAAAAGAAGCCAAAAUAUAACAUACUGGAUGUAGCAUUGUAAUCCUAUAUAGAAGGCGAUGAAACAGAAUGGCUUCCUUUUGUUAAACGAUCAGGUUUUUUGCUCUUUCUCUUUUUUAAUGAAUUGUUUGACCUUGUUUUGAUGCAAUACUCAAUGACUAGGCCAUUUCCUUAUUUAAGUGUAUUGCAAUGGCUUCUUAAACAUAUUUUUUUAAUAAAAUAAAGCUCAGUGGAGUUACUGAAUAUCAGCUCAAAAAUAAGUUAUAUUUGGCUAUGUAUGAAGAUAAACUAGUGUUGAAAUACUGUGUGCUGAUUAUUUUCUAAUAGAACUUUAGGCAUUUAUUUCUCGCAAUAUAUGGGCUGUUGGCAUUUUGGAUGAGAACCACUAUGGUUUGUUGCUUUGACUUUUUUUAAAAAAGAAAAUAUCAUCUUCUGCACUAUGUAGAUCUGAAUGAAACUUUAUGAAGUGUAUACUGAAAUGUGCUUUGUGUGAUUAUUUUUAAACCAAGCUUGUCUUCCUGUAGUCACUGUAGUAUAUAUUAGCAAAUCCACCUAUUUUGUUUUGUCCCCAAUGUAUUGUGCUUUUGAUAAGAAAAGCCAUUGUAUACAUCUGUAAUACUGUGGGUGAGUUUUUUAAAAAAACAUUCAAGAUGGUAACAGCCCUGGUAACUUAAAAGCAUAUAUAAUUCUUAUGUCAACCACUUGAAUGCUAAGCACUUUGUGGGUCACAGAUUUUUCAUAAAUGACUUUUGUAUUUAAUACAAGGUUUGCUUCAAGACUUUUCAGCAUACGGUCUUUUCCAUGAACUUGUAUAGUACAAAAAAGACAUUUGAUUAAUAUGAUCAGUUAUGCCAGAAACGUUGUGGGGGAAGGCCCUUUUAAUUAGCUCAGAAACUUCACUUGUUCUUAUAUUGUCUUCUGUUUUCAAGUUGGCUAACAACUCUGUAGUCAGAAGAAUUAUUCCAAGCCAGAAACUCUUCCGACAAGAUGAGAUUUCUGGCCAAACUGCAGUUUGAAAUGACUAAUGUGCACCACGACUAUUCAGUCCUGUAAAGCUCUAGCCAGCUUGAAUUGCCAGCUUCUGGACUUUUAAAAGAAGCUUUAAGUGUCUUUUGGCUCCACAUAGCUCACUCUGAUCCAAACGUCUGGCUGAACAGCAAACCUUCCCAGGCUUACACAAUCCUCUGCUCAGCAAACAGUGUUACUCGUUUCUUAGCUCUCCAACCUGGCACGAAAACCCCACCCAGCUGACUUCAGCUCAUUCUUAGAAUGUUAGCAAGGGUCCACUUUGGGUUGUAAAUGAGUGACUAACUUCUGUGUAACCCUGGGGUUUUAUAUUUUACUUGCGAUACCACAUUUCAGAAAAGAAAAUAAUAAAGCCUAUAUACAGGGGAAGCAUGUAGCUUUCAACUCAAACAACUACACAAUUGUUGGUAUUGGAAACUUUUUUGUUUUCAAUGUCUUAAUAUGGAUAGUUUGCCUUUUAUUUGUUUUUUAGCAGAUACUUUUCUUGAUUUUGUUUCAUUUGUGUGUGUGUGUGUGUGCACAUCGUAAUACAAUUUCUUAAUGACCAGUAAGGUACGUUUUGCAAACUUGAAGAAAAAACUGUUUAAGAAAAACAAACACUUCAUUCUGUACGUAUAUAGAAAAAGAAAAGGAAAUAGGAUAUACACUAACUGUGAUGCAUAGAAAACAUCGGCUUCUGUCAACAGAAACUGCAUUAUGUAUAUGAUAAACAGAUUAUUUUUAAAGAAAGAAAUGACCGAUAAUGACCUUUCAUGUUUCCUUUCUUUAUUGCCUGGCCUCUCAUGACAGGAAGAAUGGAUCAAAGAAACAAAAUGAUCUAUAUAUUGAGAUUCACUGCAACUACAUACAAUGCUUGCUUUCUACGUGCUGUACCUAAAAGCAUGAAAUUUGUGGGAAACAAUAUAGCAGUACAUUUGGCAAUCCAUUUCAUUCAGGUUAUUAUUGCUAUAUGUUUAUUCAUCUGUUUUUAUGAAUUUUUUAAAAUCUAGACAAUAACUGUAAAUAAAGAACCUACUGUCUCUAUCCAUUUAAUACUAUGCAAAAGGUUAUGCUUUCUAUUGUUAUUCCUACAGUGUGAUGCUGGAAUGUUUGUGGUUUCAAAAAACACACAAAAGUAUGUGAUGUAAAUUAUUUUAUAGUUUGAAACAAAAUGAUACCAUUUUACUCUUGCUGCUUACUGUCAUAAAUACCUCCUGGCAGGAGCACAAGUGGAAAUUGAAAAAAAAUAAAUUCACAAAGCAGCAUGAACAAUAAAAGCUUGAAUAUAACAUCCUUCAUUAUUUCCACUUUUAGUCAAUAUAACACAGAUUUUGUUAUCCACUAUUAUGUUUCAUAGAAGACAGCAGUGCCUCUUGGAGUUGGCACCCUGAAGAUUUGGGGUCAAGGUUCUGUAAAAAACUGUUUGCUGAGUGAUUGUUUUACAGUGGUCAUGCGCCAAGUGUGACAUAGGCUGUCUCCAAGAAAAUAUACUUGUGAGAAGGAAUAUGAGUUUUCUUUAGAAUAUUUUUGGACAAGGGCAUUUACCAAAGGGAGACUUCUACAGCAUGCAUGUUUCAACUGGAGAAGGUCAUUAGUAUGUCUAAUUCAUGAGAGACCACACUGAUGACUAAGUUAGCCACCUGUUCCACCUUGUCAAGGAGUAUUUUACUACAACUCAGAUGUGAUAAUAUGUAUGGGGAAAUAGAUGUCUCUAAGAAGCCUAUGCUAAGUUUUGAGAAGAAUUUUACUACACCUGGUCACAAAACUGUGGAAGUAGAAAUGUAGCAAAAUUGUCCUUUUCACGUGGCAAGAUGAUACUUAAGUCUACAUUGAACCUUUUCAUUACCAAUAAUGGAAGCGUUUUUUGAGUGAUAGAAGGGGAAAUCAUUGUCAAUAGUAAGAGUUCUAUAAAUUUUCGUUUAGACAUCCCCAGUAGCUGUAAUACUAAUACUGAGCUGGUAUGACUAUUUUCUAUCCUUUUUGACUUGAACUUUUUGCACUCAGCCCAUUAUACCUUUAGCAAUAGCCCCCUAGGGAUCCAGCCCCCUAGGGAUCCAGCAGCUCUGAGACAUAUGAAAUUUUGGACAAUUCUUGUGCUAAACUGCCUAUAUAUAUGUUAUGGUAUAAAGACUUUGUCGUGAGUAUGCAGUUUCAAAUUCUCAGCUGGUAGUUGCUUUUUUCACUAUUUAGCAUGUGAAAAUAUUAUUGGUGGGGUGUGGGAGGGGUGUUAAUUAAAUAUUGAGGCACAAUCCCUGUAGGUAACGAGAUACAAUGACAAGGUUGGUUUUUCAGGCCCUAUGUUCUUCUGGAUUUCAAAGUUGCUUAAAAAUCAAACUCUAAACAAAUUGCAUUUUGAUUUAAAUUCUUACUUUUGCAGACCAUAUUUGGUGAUACAAUGUAGAAUGAAAGCUGCUGAAUAUCAGUAUGGUGCAGUUUAAGCCAGUCAGUCCCACCCAGCAACUAAAAUUCAUAGGAAGUCAACUGUGUCAGUCUAUAAGGUCUUUCAGAGAAUUUUCACAAAUAAGAAUAGCUAAUUAGGUUAUUACAAUGUCCCCGAACAGCAGAUCCAGAAGGAAAUGAAGGAACCAGCAUAUAAACCAGUUUUUUUAAUUACAUAUAUGUGCAUAUGAAGAUGCCUUACAUUGAUUCAGAUUCUUAACCCUUCAGGAUCAAUAUUGUCCACUCAGGUUAGCAGCAGCAGCUCUUUAGGGUAUCUCACAUUAUCUAUCACCUGAUCUUUUCUGCUGGAGAUGAUGAAGAUGGAACCUGGAUGUUUCUUCAUGCCAAGUGGAUGCUCUACCACUAAGCCACAGCCUCUCCCUUAAGUUCUUGUCAUCAACAUCUGUGUUAGUAAAUAAUAGAGCUAUUGCUCUGCUCCUACUUUCUAGCUCCUUUCUAGUGCUCUAUAAGCUUGAAGAAAGUUUGUGCUUAGCAUACAAAGGAAGAAUGUAUGUUAAUUGGACAUAUUGGUAAUUUUGGGCUGCAAUAAAUUCAUUUAAAUCCGUGUAAUCCCUUCUUCAGGAAACUAGUCAUUAGCAACUUAUUUUGUCGUAUUACAAGAAUUAAUGUUAGAAAAAAUAUUAUUGAGAAAAAGUCUAUGCAACCUCUCUAGAGAAUCUGCCUGAGCCAGUUUACAAAGUAAAAUAUGAAAAAACGUAAACCUGUUUAAAGGUAGUUAAAAAUUAAUGAACUAUUGGAAGCCCAGCAAGAACAAUCAUACAGUCUUUAAAUGAAUCAGUUUCUUUUAAAGGUUUUAUACAUCUAAAUUUCAAGUAACAGUAACUGCAUUUAAUGUAUUACUCUGUCAUUUGGUGAAGUGUGUGAGAUUCAGAUUAUAUUCAUUGUCUUAGCAAUAUAUUUUGUUGGGAUCUACUUUAAUCCAUUUAAAUUCAUUCAAAUUGCUAAAUGUGAAAUGUUUUAUUAAAACCUUACUUGGUAAUAAAUGGCCAUUUUAUUUCUGAUUUGCAAAAGCAAAUCACAGAAACCUAAACCCAAAGUUUUGACUGCAUGAUAUAUCUAGAUUUACUCCAAGUGUGAAUGCAUUCAAUAUUCAUGCUGAAUUACUGGACCUGAUCCAGUGACAUACAAAAGAAUAUUCUCAUACAAAACAAAGAUUUAAAAACCCAAUCCUGAACUGAAAACCCAUGUUGCAUUUAAAUCUUAUGCCCAGUUUCAGAAAUUGUUUGUGAUAAAAUGUAUUUUGGAAGCAGCUGAGAAGAAAAUGAAAUGCAUCCCUGUUGUUGCUUCCAUGUAAUGCUGGAGACUGUUUGCACGAUGUUCCCUACUGGUGUGAAGAUUCCAACUGUUUGGACACAGCUCAUAUUCUGAGUUUAGACUGAAAAUGCUUCGCCUGGCCUUGCCCUUCUUUUGCCAGCAGGUAUAUUUCAUUUGUCAUCAUUUUCUCCCUUGAAAGCCAAUAAUUGAUUCCGUUCAGGGGUGUGAAAAAUUUUACCUCUCCAUCACUAAUUGCCCAAGAUUGUUACACAUCUUUUCUACUUUCUUCUUGUUACCUGUUUUCUGGUUGCUGUUAUCCUUCUUGAGCUGCAUGGAAGUUUAAGUUGAUGAAGUAUAUUAUUCCUUUGUUUUUUGCAGUUUGUCCCAGCAUGAACAGGGGUCAAGUGCAGAAUCUUGGGACUUGGACACUGAUCUUAUCCCAGGUAAUUAGGCUUAAUAAUGGCUCUUUGAAAGUAGGUCACUGAGCUGUUAUCGCUGUAAGGACUUGGGUGGCCUGAAAGAAUUCUGAAUAAGGGUUUUUGAAACUACUCCAUUUAUUCCUGUUGUGCUUUCUACAUUGCCUCACAUGUUCCUGGAUAGUUCCAGAAAGUCCAUUGAGAAACUUGGAUAUCCUUGCUUUUCCAAACAAUUUAUGAACAUGGAAGAGUCAUGUCUUUGCAUAAAACUACUGCAUGCUGUAGUAGUUUGUCAGAACAUGUGUGUUAUACCACACAAAUAUAAAGGGUGGCAUAAUCCCAUUUUCAGCUACGGAGGCUUUUGAGGUGGCUGGGGUUUCCCAGAGCAUUGCUGCCUCACUGUGCCACCUUCAUGAGGUGGUGCAGCAGUGUGGCAGUGGUGCUGUCGCUAGCCUCCUGAGCUGUUUGGAUGGGGCUG